ACUCAACCAUCAACAUGGAGGCACCGCGCACCCAAAAAGGCCCCAAGAAGAUGAGCCAUCCGCACCACGUCGGGCCCAAGCAGGAGUCGGGCUACACCGACGAGGCGGCUGAGGAGUGCCACGACUUGAUUGACAAGGCCGAGGAGGACGCCCACCUCCACGAACCCGGCUCCAUGUACAUGCCCACUGACAACCCCGAGCAUGUGCACCGGAUGAAGGGGGGCCUCGAGGGCAGCAGCAGCACCGAAAGCGGCGGUGGCGGAGCUGGCCCGACCAAGAAGAUGCAGGAGACGGGCAAGCAUGUCACCAGCACGCUUGGCGAGAAAGUCGGCCAGAUGAAAGAGAAGAUGGGAAUGAACAAAUGAUGGACGGUGUAAAACAAGUCAGAAUGUAUGAUACUCAAAAGGGUGAUUCAGAAAAGUCAGUAACCGAUUUCAACACGGCCCGGGGCAGACUCAUGUCGGUAGCCCUCAGUAACAGUCAAUGCCGAGAAUUGUUCCAUGUUUGGUCACUUGUGGUCAGAGUCUCCCCGAGUCAUUGCAUGAUGGAGUUUGGCGGAUGCUAAGAUGGAGCAGAAGCAACAACGAACUGAAUGAAGCGAACGAAAUGAGCGGGGAAAAUCAACCAUACCUUAAAAGCUGCAGUAAGCAAGGGUCAAUCUACCAUUAUCGAUUCGGAUUGCAAGUUGCCCUGGGUACGGGCUGAUCGCCUUGUUUAUCCCAAGGCAAGAGGAUUAAGUUGGUGAUGGCUGGCAGGAUGCCUUGCUGGCGAAGUCUGUGGAUGACUCCAUUGUUAGUUGGAA